UUAUGUGCAACGGUAUCCCAGGAUAAGUGGCGCAUUGAUCCAGUGUACAAUUUCUGUGGGGGUAAAUAUAAUCACGUGACGACGAGGCAGCCAAUAGCAGGCAGGGAAGCGUUGAGAAAUAAUUACCUGCCUUGAUUGUUCUAUGGCUAGAUAAAAAAGUACACAUACACUCCAUAUAAUAAUCGGAUGCAUGUAAAAGAGUCGGGGAGGCUUCGACAUGUCGACCACGGGUCCCAUAAGUAAUUAUUAUGUGGACUCCUUGAUCAACCAUGAAAACGAGGAUGUCCUUGCUGCGACUCGCUUCUCCGCGCCCGGUUCGCACCCAGGCGGCCCUCGACAGACGUCCCUAGUACCGGAGUGCUCCGACUACCCUUCCUGCAGCUUCGCACCCAAGGCGCCCGUCUUCUCCACCUCCUGGGCCCCCGUGCACUCCCAGUCAUCAGUGGUUUACCAUCCAUACAGUCACCAACCUCACAUAGGCACAGACUCGAGGUACGUGCGCUCAUGGCUGGAGCCGAUAUCAGGCGCAGUGACUUUCCAUGGCUAUCCGGGAAGCGGCAGGCACUACGGGCUGAAGCCCGACGCCUUCCAGGAGCACAGAGCCGGAGAGUGCCUCGGCUCCGGCGGACGGACCUACGCGGAUUAUCUGUACUGCUCGUCCACUGACACGCGAGACAAGGCGCAGCAAAACAUACCCUCUCCCGAGUCGGAGCUCCUGGCUUCGGAGAAACAUAAAGACGAGAAGCCGGAGCUAGAUCCGAAUAACCCAGUGGCAAAUUGGAUACAUGCCCGCUCCACACGGAAGAAGCGAUGCCCUUACACAAAAUACCAGACUCUCGAACUGGAAAAGGAGUUUUUAUUCAAUAUGUACCUGACUCGGGACCGCCGCUACGAGGUGGCCCGGGUCCUGAAUCUCACCGAGCGGCAGGUCAAAAUCUGGUUUCAGAACCGGCGGAUGAAGAUGAAGAAAAUGAACAAAGAAAAGAACGAUCGAAAAGAACAAUAACGUGGACUGCAGUCUGGGGGCUCAGGCGCGAUGAACCCAGUCACAUGGACAGCACAAAUGUACCAAAACACACGACGACCCCUUCCUCUCCUCCACCUCACUCCCUCUUCUUCAUAUUUAUCACUUUGUUGGAUUUUGUAUUAACCUUCAGUUCGAGACUGUUUGAGGCUGAUCCUGUUAUUUUUCCAGUGAACACGUUAUGUCGAGCGUUGAAGAAAAAGAAACCCAGAAAUAAAAAAGAAUUCAAAGAUACCCACAUCCUGUUUUCACUUUGAAAUACCUUUAUAUGAAUAUCUAUAAUUCUCUUGUUCUUGUAAUAGAAAAGUCUACCACAGCAGUUUGUUUACGUUGAAAAGAAGAAAGAAAAUACUUGAAUUCUUUAGAAUUUUCACAAACCCACAAUAAUUUAUGAUGUGAAUGUUUCUUCUCUCAUGUUUACUUCCUUUGUACGCUGUUGUGCAGGUGUUGUAUUUUGUACAGACACAGAAAACAUCUGCGAUCUAGUUUGUCCUGUAUUUUUUUGUGAUAGUUGUUGCUGUAUUUGUGCAUCUUCUCUCUCUUGUUUUUUUUUUUUUUUGGGGACUGUAGUCUACGAGUUUAAUUAUAGAGUGUAGACAUAGAAACUCUGCAAA